AUGACAACAGAAAAAAACCCUCUCAAAUUAACAACAAAUAAAGUAAAAUUAUUUAUAUUAAUUUUACUUGUUUUUUCAUUUUAUUUAUUGGUUGUUAACGUUUUUGGUGAUUUUUCAUUUGAAAUUAAAAAUAGUUAUGCAGAUAAUUAUUUUAAUGAAAAAGAAGUAAAUGAAUCAUUUAGUAAAUGUUCAAAAUUUAAAUGUAAAAUUGAAAUACAUUCGGAGUUUUCAAAUGAAAAAGCGGAAAGUGCCCAAGCAAUAAUUUACUUUUUUUCACAAUAUCAAGAGAGUAGUAAUAAAAUUUAUAACAAUACAUUAAAAAGAUAUAAUCCUAGGCAAAUUACAAUUGGAUGGACAAUGGAAUCAGGUGGUCUUUAUAGAUUUGAAGGUGAUUCUAAUUUCAUAAUAUCAAAUUUUAACAUUACAGUAGGUUAUCCAAGAGUGAAUGAUUUUAAUAAACAAACACAUAUAUAUGUUCCCUAUGGUCCAGUUGAAUACAGUGGUUCAGAUUCAUAUGCUCACUCUGCUAAAUUUGAUAGAAUUAAAGAAAUACCAUCAAAAAGGAAUAAUAGCAUUGUUUGGAUUUCAAGUAAUUGUUGGCAUGAAGAUUACAAAAGAGUUUAUUUAAUGAGGAGUAUAAUGAAUAUUACCAAAGUAGAUUCAUAUGGUAGUUGUUUAAAUAAUAUAGAUUUCACUGACCAAGACAAAUUAAUCAACUCUAAACAUGAUCAAAAAAUGGAUGUAUUAAAAAGAUAUAAUUUUGCUAUUGCUUUUGAAAAUAGUUUAUGUAAAGAUUAUAUCACUGAAAAAUUAUGGGAGAGUUUAUCAGUUGGUACAAUCCCUAUUUAUUUAGGUGCACCAAAUAUAAUGGAAUUCUUACCAGAUCCAGAUUCAAUAAUAAAUGUUAGAGAUUUUAAAUCAGUUAAUGAUCUUGUUGAUUAUAUAAAAAAGGUGGAAAAUGACCAAAACCUUAGAUUAAAACAUUUAAAAUGGAUAAAAAUAAAAAAAUGGUCAAAAGAAUUCCAAAAUAUUUACGAUGAAUCUGUUAAUAAUUUGGACCCACUUUGUUCAAUUUGUUCAAAAAUUGCUUCAAAAAAAAUAUUAAUUCCCAAACAAUCCCCUUUUUUAGCUGGUAAUGAAAGUAAUUUUACUUUACCUUUAUUAAAAUAA